AAACUAACGGUUUAAUUGAAAUGCUCCCCCAUUUACCGGCGAGAGAUCGGAGCGUGCGCACGUGCUUCAACAUCGGUGCUGCUCCCUGCGUGCGUGCGCGUGUGCUUUGGUGCGCGUUUUGUGUUCUUCAAGUGGUUUUUUUGUGUGAACAAGUAGUAGUGCUUCCUAGUGGACAUCGUUCUUAUAGUCCCCGGAAAAGAAAGCGCCUGCGAAGGUCCUAGCGUUGAACGGUGCAAGGGGCAAAAAACCAGUUCUUGUUACGGUGCGUGCGCUUUUUUUGCGCUUCAAGUGAAAGGAGUGGCAACAGGAUUAGAGUAGAGAGAAGCACCAGGAACGUAACCGUCUCCUCCUCAUCCCAACGGAACUACACGGCAGACACACAGAAACAUUCAACCGCCCACCCCGAAACGCGUGUGUGUGUGUGGGGCGCGCGGUGGCGCGUGCAUGGUGAAAGUAAAAGUGGAAAAGUCGCACAAAAUCGGACCCGCCAGCAGCAUCGGCUGCGAAACAUAACCCGCCCGUGCGAUUCGGCGCGAGUGAUACGCGUUUUUUUUUUUUUGCCCAAAGGCGGUUCCAAUCGUUGCGUUAGGUUUCAGCCAGCCAGUGGAGGAGAUCGGCAGGAUCGUGCCGUGUGUAGAGUGGAAAGUGAAACUGUGAAAGCUUCCAGAACGGUUGUGUGCAAGAAGUGCAAGAAAAGACGCCAGCAAAACACGUGUCCGCGGGACGGCCGCUCAUGGCCGGUGAUCAUGGCAAGGUGGUGAAGUGAUACAUAAUUUAUUGUACCAGUUUUAUUGCACCCAAACAACAACCGUCGAUCUUGGCCCUCUCCGGGGGUGCACACAUCUUUAAGCGAUUGCGCGCGCGUUUGCUUUUGGAUGCUUCUCUAAGGAAGACGACCAUCGGAGCGGUGACAUCGGAAGACCAGAGAAGAAGAGAAGGAGCGUAACGACGCACACACAACAACAACAACAACAACAAAAAUCAACCGGAAUGGGUCUAUUUUUAUGCUACACGCUGCUGACGCUCGCGGUCACUUUCACUGGAAAUGCGCACGGUGGCAAUCUGGUGAAGCGGAGUCUCAAAAACACGGUUCUCUGCCUCGAGGAUGGACGGUUUUACAGAAAUCCGGACCGACCCGAGCACAAGAUGUGGACCAACGCCGAGUGUGCCAAGUACUAUCUCUGCCUGGACGGGGAAGUGUUCGAGUUUAAGUGCUCCGUCGGGCUGCUGUUCGAUGUGUCGCGGCAAAUCUGCGACUUUAAGCAGAAUGUGGACAACUGCGACGUUACGGCAGAGAAGCGCGUUCCCAAACCGCUGCUGGAAAAUGCCAAAUGCGAAGAGCGGUCUCAGCUGGGCUGCGGCGACGGGACGUGCCUACCGAACGAGUACUUCUGCGACGGUUCGGUCGACUGUGAGGACGGUUCGGACGAGGGCUGGUGCGACGUGGAGAACGAUCCGAACGCGGCCGACCCGUGCGAUCUGUCCGUGUGCGAGCUGCCGGACUGUUUCUGCUCCAAGGACGGUACGGUCAUCCCGGGCCGGCUGGAGCGCUACCACACGCCGCAGAUGAUUCUGCUCACCUUCGACGAUGCGAUCAACUUCGAGAACUGGGAGCUGUACACGGAGAAGAUCUUCACGCCGGGCCGCAAAAACCCGAACGGGUGUCCGAUACGGGCGACGUUCUUCAUCUCCCACCAGUACACCAACUACGCCCAGGUGCAGCGGGCGUGGAACGACGGGCACGAGAUUGCGGUCCACUCGAUCACGCACCGGGGGCCGGAGGAGUGGUGGUCGCGCAACGCCACCAUCGAGGACUGGUUCGACGAGAUGGUGGGCCAGGCGAACAUUAUCAAUCGCUUCUCGAACGUGCGCAUGGAGGAGCUGCGCGGGAUGCGGGUGCCGUUCUUGCGCGUCGGCUGGAACAGGCAGUUUCUGAUGAUGAAGGAGUUUGGCUUCGUGUACGACUCGUCGAUGGUGGCCCCGUUCUCGAAUCCGCCGCUGUGGCCGUACACGCUCGACUACAAGAUGCCGCACGCGUGCAACGGCAACAACCAGUACUGUCCGUCCCGCAGCUACCCGGGCAUCUGGGAGCUGGUGAUGAACCAGCUCGAGGCGGGCGAGUACACGUGCGGCAUGGUGGACACCUGCCCGCCGCACAUGAACGGCGAGGACGUGUACCGGAUGUUUGUGCACAACUUUAAGCGCCACUAUCACUCGAACCGGGCACCGCUGGGCCUGUACUUUCACUCCACGUGGUUCCGCAAGCAGGAGUAUCUCGACGCUUUCCUGAGAUUCCUGGACGAUAUGGCAAAGUAUCCGGAUGUGUACUUCGUCACCAACCAUCAGGCGAUCGAGUGGAUGCGCAAUCCGACCACCUCGAACCAGCUCGGCCACUUCGAGCCGUGGCAGUGCCGCCCGAAGCAGCUCGACCCGCAGGAGCAGGCGUGCAAUCUGCCCCGCACCUGCAAGCUGCACAGUCGCGUCCUGCAGCAGGACCGCUACCUCUCCACCUGCAACGAAUGUCCGGCACAGUAUCCAUGGAUACGGAACGAGUUCGGAUUGGACUGAGCAGAGGAGCGCGGCUGUGGUUGUGUUUCGAGUAGGUUGGAAUUUAUUUACACGAAGAAUCAACUCAACACCGAUUAGAAGUUAAGUAGGCGAGCUUGGUUGGGGCAACGUCGAUCCACAAUUGCACCACAACACGUGGCGGAGGAGUUCGAACGUUCCACCAUUUUUGUUUUAUAUGUACUUUGUUGUUCUGUUGUGUUGUGGCUUAAAUGCUUCCUCUGUGCUAUUUUUGUUUGAGUUAUAAUUUUAACAACUAUUGUUAGAGGUUUGGCCCGUGACCGCGGGAAAAAGGCACCACCGUGGGAGUGUGUGUGUGUGUGUCUGCGACGAACGAUAAAAUCAAAGCCCAGACGGGGGCAGUGUGGAUAGUCGUUUGCCACACUCGAGUUCUGGUAGAAGUGUUAGGAGUAAGUUACUUAAGCAUAAGUUAAUAAAUUGAUCGAUUUACCGAUCUCUCUUCCAGAAACUA